UUGCCAGAGGCUCGUAGAGGAGAACCGUGUUGGAACAUCAUCGACUCGAGCCUAUCGAAGCGUGCGUUGAGAGAGUCAUGUUGGGACUUGACUUCCACAGCAAGGAUGUGGUGAAGAGAUCUCAUCUCGUCUGACUUGUUCGGUGAGGGAGCGUUCCUGGAGGCGUGUUUCUACCAUCGUACCGAGGGUCGAACGAAAUCUGAUACCAAUGAGACAUCGGGGGUGAGUGUGUGAGAUAAGUCUAAUCUAGGAGCUAACCGAUAGCCCUAAAAGAGGUGAAUACUAGCCUAGAAGGAGACUACAAAGGAAGAAGAGUCACCUCGAAGGUACUAGAUCCUUAGAUGUAAGAGCAGAAGUUUGAGAGGUUUGGAUGAUUAAUAAUUUCUUAGAUAACUACUGCAAAUGCAGGAAAAGGGGUACAAAUACUAGAGUUUUGGGGUCUCACUAACGGUCUAACAAUGACCUGUCAAUGAUGACUAGAAAGCAUAAAGCAAAACGGUAAAGUAAAAGCAGAAAUGAACUGUAAGCUCAGCAUAUUUGAAGGAUAUUCUGUUGCGAUAAAGUUGGAGAGCAUGACUCAUGCUGACUCAUGCUGUGACAAUUCAGGGUACAAACUUCGAACUACAAGAUUUGAUCAAAUUCAACAUGCGGUAUUGUGGUGCUUCUUCCUUCUACAUCACUUUGGUGGCGGUUGAUACAGUUACCCGCGGUCCGGCACAAACCUUUCAGGUUUGUGCUGAUGAAAUGUGUUUGGGCUAUCUGAAUGUGGAUUGUUCCCUUGCCCGUAUUAAAGGAGGUGGUGAGACAACCGGUGUGUUGGCAUUGCAUGGUGGUGGUGGUGGUGGUGGUGCUAUUGAGAGAGCAUUGCCUAAUUGGCCUUCAGAUGCUGAGAUCCAACGCCUUUACACGGUAGAUACAUCAGAGUUGCCCAGCACCCACUGGAUUCUUCUGUACCUCGAGCUUGUUCUUUGCAUUGAAUAUGGGAACUAUGGGAACUUUUCAGAGGAGAAAGUCUCCAGUCUGGAGCUUGUGAAGGUGGCUAUAGAAACUGACGAUGAGACUCCUCCGCUCCAGGCCAAAAGUUCAGUCCUCUAUAUAGCUUUUAGAGGACUGGCUAUUGAUGAGUCGGUUGAACAGAAAGUUGUGAUCAAAAGCCUGUUCAACGAGCUUACAGGAUCUUUGGCUCUCCAGGGUAUCUUACUCAAAGACGAAACUCCUAUGAAUUUGGAAGAGUACUUCAAGCUUUUUUAAAUAUAGGCAGGCGUCUCUUAAGGACACUAUCUGUUUUUUUUUUCUUUUUUAAUUAUAACUAUUUCUGUGUUUGCCUUUGGAUUUGAGUAACAAAAAACAAUUCAAGCAAAAAUAAUCUAAGGAUAAAAUCAUAUGAUCUACGAACCAAUGAUCUUUAAGCCUCACGUUAUCUUGAGGACAAAAGCGAAAGAUUAAAGAAAGAAUCAAGAAGAAGCAGAGUUGUCAAAAGUAGAACCGACGUGGUGGAUUACGAAUCCAUAGAUUUUGCGUUUCAGUCGUUCAAUCUUGUCCGUUAAAUGCAUUGUUGUGAUCUGGUUUUCUUGGUCAGAUACGACACGGUCCAACCACUCGUUGACUUGUUUCAGCUGAGACAGAACGGCAGCUAUGGAACUACCGUCUAAAGGCCGCGCAUUUUUGUUGUCUAACGACUCUUCCACGAACCCAAUGAACCACGUUUGCAUCUCAGAUCUUGAAGAGCAAACCUGUCUUUGUAGAAGGUCCGGGAGAGAGGCGAGGAGACGUUUGUUUCUUCACUGAAGAUGGUGAUUCUAGGCUGUUCUGGCUUUUGACUAGUGAGACCACCUCGAGGUUAGUUGCUAAUGCAGCUUCAACCCAAAGAGAGACUGGACUUCGUUGAUCAGAUGAAGACCGAAAACUAUCUUCAGAAACAAUCUGACUGUAUUUCGUAACAUCUCCAUAGAUUGUCAAAAACUUGUUGAUGAUUCGCAAUGGAUUCUCCUGUUUGGAGGCUGAAGAAAGCUCAGCGAAUUUACUGUAAUAUCCACCACAAAAUGGUGUGUCAAAGACCAAAUGAAAGUUGAUUGCCAAAAGUUUUUCAAUU